AUGGCUUCGCGUGAAAUUGAAGAUACUCAUAAGUAUCUUCUGUCCAAAUUAUUGUUGGAGUCAGGGUUGGAGUGUGUGAUUUCAGGUCAGGAGUCGCCAACCUCCACCUCGAGCACGGGAGAAGAUGAACAAAGAGAAGCACCAGAAAUAGUGGAAGAAGAAUUAAAAGAAGAGACGAUUAAAGAGGAAACUCAAGAAUAUGAAAUAGAAGAGAUUAUUGAGGAAGAACCUGAGAUAUUCCCGACUCCCUCAUUAAGAAAACUCUUACCUGAUAAGAUUAGAAGAAUUCAGGAACACAAUAGUAUCCACGUGCUUCCAGAAGAAUUUAAAGCGGACAUUGACCCCGCAGCAAUACCAAAAAUAGCCACAACAGCUCAGCAGAAAUAUAUCGAUAUUUUGGCAACCAUCACUGGAUGUAGUCGAUAUAAGAAGAGUUUAGCUGAAUACUGGUUUCUGGACACAUUGGCCAAUUUGUUAAGACGAGCGCAAGACGAUGAAAUGAAUAGAGCAUCCCAAGCCGUUUUAAUUCUAUGGUUUUGUGAGUGGAUGAAAGAAAUGCAGCAUUUCGAUGCCGCUGACCGGCGUCGUAUGCUCAGGAGAUUCCAGGAUAACAUACUGACAGCGGCGCGGUUUAUAGCAGAAGAAGAUUAUCUGCCGACACCACAGAUGGCCGGAGUUGUUUAUAAAUCGCCCGAAGAAGAUUUGGAGAAAAAAUCAGUGAGCCGUACAGACCCGGACUCAAAGCACUUGGUGACAUUCGAGGGAGCGGCGUACGAGUGCUCAUUGAGGGAUCUGACACAUAUAAUACAUUAUAUAUAUGAUCUUUUCAGUACGGACUAUCAGUACAAUCUAGUACGUUCAGUGUUCACCUUCAGGCCGGAGUAUUACCUCAUAGACACUCCCUACCAGAUACGUAAUCCGAAGAGACUGUUCGCUCCUCUCAAACUGAAACCCAAGAAGGAGCCGAAAUCACCCAAAAAAGAUAAACCUCCGACAGGGAAAGGAAAGAAAAAAGAGGUUGACACAGAAGAAUACUUGGCGCUGUUAGAGCUUCGCGCCAGAGACGAGCGUGAGCAGGAGGCUUUAGAGGAGCAGGCUCGUGAGUCCUGGCACCGGAAGUCCCACAUCCUGCCGCUAGCCUUCGCAGCUGAUGAACAGUUCUUCGAUAAGUACUGGCCCCCACCUGCCGUCGAGCCAGAACCCGAGCCAGAACCGGAAGUGAAAGGCAAGAAGAAGGGGAAGAAAUGA